AAGAAGAAAAGCCGUCAGCAGCCUGUGGGAUUGUUUCCGGUUUAUUUGGGGUCACACAGAAGGGGAGUGAAGCUUAAAGACUUUAAAAUGCUGCUACGAAGGGCGUUACAAAUCGGAGGUCUGGCCUUGAAGCACAGCCGGUCCAUCCACCACAGUCCAGUAUGGAGGAGUCCUCUAAUACCCAUAGUUGUGGAGCAGACGGGAAGAGGAGAGCGAGCGUACGACAUCUACUCUCGCCUGCUGAGAGAGAGGAUCAUCUGUGUGAUGGGCCCUAUUGAUGAUUCAGUAGCCAGCCUGGUCAUUGCCCAGCUGCUCUUCUUACAGUCAGAAAGCAACAACAAACCCAUCCACAUGUACAUCAACAGUCCAGGCGGCGUUGUGACAGCAGGAUUGGCCAUCUACGACACCAUGCAGUACAUCCUUAAUCCCAUCUCCACCUGGUGCGUCGGUCAGGCCGCCAGCAUGGGCAGCCUGCUCCUGGCAGCGGGAACGUCGGGCAUGAGGCAUUCACUGCCCAACGCUCGCAUCAUGGUCCACCAGCCGUCAGGAGGAGCCAGGGGCCAGGCCACAGACAUCGCCAUCCAGGCUGAGGAGAUCCUGAAGCUGAAGAGACAGAUCAACAACAUCUACGCCAAACACACGGGGCAGCCGCUGGAAACCAUCGAGAGCGUGAUGGAGAGAGACCGCUACAUGAGCCCCAUGGAGGCGCAGGACUUCGGCAUCAUCGACCGAGUCCUGGUCCACCCUCCUCAGGCCGGUCAGGACGAGCCUGAGCUGGUUCAGAAAGAGCCGGCUUCUGCAGCCAGUCCCUCCCCGCAACCGGAGACCGCCGCCCCCGAGAGCGCCUCCCCAGGGACGAACCCCCCCUCCUCGUACAAACCUGAGCCGUGAAGGCGGCACGGCACGGCGGACCGGUGAUCCUGAUGCUGAGCCUCCACGGUGUGUUUCUCCGUUUUACCCCACACAAAGCCGCUCUCUGCGGCGCCCACGGCUGCAGACGACCUCGUCAGAGUCAUGUGACUCCUGUUUGUUACAGCUUUUUUAAACUCCACAGCGGGUUUCCUUCUCUGGUUAAUGAAAUAAAAGUCAAAGACGAUGACGGAGGGCUGAAUGAUAGUCGGCAGUCCAUCAGUUUGACUAUUUUAAUAAACGUUCCCUUAAAGGACGCUUCAGUGUCUCAGUAGAGCUGAUCUAUAGGAGGAAGGAGGAAGAAGACUUAAACAACAGAGCUGUGUAAAUCUAUCCCUUCCUGAACAGCUGAGAGGACUGUAUGACCUUUAUUUGACCUCAGAUUUUUAAUAAAUAUUACCAUUUCAAC